GCUCGGGUCCGCUCCGCCCCGCUCGGGUCCGCUCCCGCCCCGCUCCGCCCCGCCAUGGCCGCCCCCGGGCCGCGCUGAGCCCCCGCGCCGGGAGCCCCGGGCCGCGCCGCCGCCAUGGGCUCGCUGUUCCGCGGCGAGCCCGUGUGCCUGGCGCAGCUCUUCCUGCAGAGCGGCUCGGCCUACGAGUGCCUCAGCGAGGUGGGCGAGUGCGGCCUGGCCGAGUUCCGAGACCUUAACCCAAAUGUAAGUGUGUUUCAGAGAAAAUAUGUGAAUGAAGUGAAGAAAUGUGAAGAAAUGGAAAGAAUACUUGGGUAUUUAGUACAAGAAAUUAAAAAAGCAGAUAUUCCACUUCCUGAAGGAGAUGUUGCUCCUCCUGCCCCCUUGCUGAAACACAUUUUAGAAAUCCAGGAACAGCUGCAGAAGCUGGAGACAGAAUUGAGGGAAGUAACUAAAAACAAAGGAAAAUUGAGGAGAAACCUGCUUGAAUUGACAGAAUACAAGUACAUGUUACAGAUCACACAGAAUUUUGUCAGGAGAACACCUGAGCAUGAAUCCUAUUUACAUGGAAAUUUUGAAGAAUUUUCUUCUGUGGAAAAUGAGCCAUUGGUGGAUUUAAACCGCACGCACAGACUGAGUACCUCACUGGGAUUCAUAUCUGGGUUAGUUCACAUUUCAAAGAUUGAAGCAUUUGAAAAAAUGCUGUGGAGAGUCUGUAAAGGCUAUCCCUUUCUCACCUAUGCAGAGCUGGAUGAGGCUCUGGAAGAUCCAGAUACAGGUGAAACCACAAAGUGGGCUGUUUUUUUAGUGUCCUAUUGGGGCGAACAAAUUGGUCAAAAAGUUAAGAAGAUUUGUGACUGCUAUCGCUGUCACGUGUACCCCUACCCCGACACCACCGAGGAGCGCCAGGCUGUGGUCGAAGGACUCAAUGUUCGUAUUCAGGAUCUUGAAACUGUGCUGAAUAAAACUGAGGAAUACUUGCGCCAGGUCUUGUAUAAAGCAUCGGAAUCCAUCUAUACUUGGGUUAUCCAAGUGAAGAAGAUGAAAGCCAUUUACCAUGUCCUUAACCUGUGCAGUUUUGAUGUCACAAAUAAAUGUUUAAUUGCUGAGGUUUGGUGUCCACUGGCUGAUCUCCACAAAUUGCACCAUGCAUUGGAGGAAGGCUCGAGGAAGAGUGGAGCUGCAAUUUCAUCAUUCAUGAAUACCAUCCCAACAACACAACCUCCUCCGACUUUGAUACGUACCAAUAAAUUCACCUCAGGGUUCCAGAGCAUCGUUGAUGCUUAUGGAGUUGGAAGCUACGGGGAAGUUAAUCCAGCUCUCUAUACCAUCAUCACUUUCCCCUUCUUGUUCGCGGUCAUGUUUGGAGACUUCGGGCACGGGCUGCUCAUGUUCAUAUUUGCACUCCUGACAAUACUGUAUGAAAACCACCCUAGGUUAAAAAGAGUGCAAUAUGAGAUAAUGAAAAUGGUAUUUGAAGGCCGAUAUGUGAUAUUGUUAAUGGGGCUGUUUUCUAUAUACACUGGAUUGAUCUAUAAUGACUGUUUUUCAAAGUCAAUAAAUAUAUUUGGAUCUGGAUGGAGUGUUUCAGCAAUGUUUGAACGGAAGGUUUGGAGCCUUGAGGACCUGAAAUCUAAUCGAUAUUUAGUGCUGGAUCCAAAUGUUUCUGGUGUCUACAAUGGAGUUUAUCCCUUCGGAAUUGAUCCGAUAUGGAAUUUGGCAAGCAACCGUCUCACUUUUUUAAAUUCAUUCAAAAUGAAAAUGUCUGUGAUCUUUGGAGUGACUCACAUGACAUUUGGAGUCGUAUUGGGGCUGUUUAACCACUUGCAUUUCAAGAAGACCUAUAAUAUUUAUUUGGUUUUUAUUCCUCAACUUCUAUUCAUGUUGUGCAUAUUUGGCUACCUGGUGUUCUUGAUCUUCUUUAAAUGGUUGGCGUACUCUGCAGAGGACUCUGCAGCUGCCCCCAGUAUUCUGAUACAGUUUAUUAACAUGUUCCUGUUUCCUGGUAGUGAAACAAAGAGCUUCUUCAGUGGCCAGAUUCCUCUGCAGAAGUUUUUACUCUGUGUUGCUUUUUUUUGUGUUCCUGUAAUGCUGCUUGGUAAACCACUUUAUCUCUACUGGUUGCACAGUGGAGGCCAAGGCAUAAGAAUGUACAGGAGUGGCUACAAGCUUAUCCGAAAAGAAAGUGAAGAAGAGCUUUGUCUCCUGUCAUGUCAUGAUCUCGAAGAAGGAGUCAGUCAUUCAGACAGCGGGCACAGGGAGGGGGAUGCAGAGGAGCUGAACUUGGCAGAUGUUUUUAUGAAUCAAGCAAUUCAUACCAUUGAAUACUGUCUGGGAUGCAUCUCUAACACAGCCUCAUACCUGAGACUCUGGGCAUUGAGUCUUGCUCAUGCACAGUUAUCAGAAAUUCUGUGGCAGAUGGUGUUGAGGAUGGGUCUCCGUGUGGAUACGAAGUUCGGUGUCUUGCUGCUAAUCCCUGUUCUGGCAUUCUUUGCUGUGCUGACAGUUUUUAUUCUGCUGGUCAUGGAGGGGCUUUCUGCUUUUCUCCAUGCAAUACGACUUCACUGGGUGGAAUUUCAAAACAAAUUCUAUUCCGGUGGAGGAUACAAGUUUACGCCUUUCUCUUUUAAGCACAUUUCUUUAAAUUUUAAUAAAGAUGGUGCAUUAUAAUUUGGCUGCAGAAAUGUUUGGAAUUGUCUGCGAAUAACUGCGUGAUUGGAUCUUGCCUAUUGAAUGGUUUCUUGUGGAACAAAGUGGUUUUCACUGAUUGCCUUAUAACGCAGCCAAACAAUUCUGUAAAGCAUACCUCCUCUAGAAAGACAUAGCAGAUCUGGAGCAUCUUGUAAAAUAUAUAGAUAUAAAAUGUACACUUUUCUUGAUAAACUAAUAUUGUAAAUUAAUUUUAUUCUUUAAAAAACAAAAAGUUGUUACUGCUUGUCCUGAAACCCAUGUAGACUUUUUUUUUGAGUCUCUUUAUUUUCUUGAAUGGUUAUUUUUAAGUUAUCUGAAAGACUCUUCAUUAUAUUAAACAUUAAUUACUAAUCACAUAACCCCGCUGCAUCUUGUGCACUUUGGGAACCAUUCAACAAUGCAAUACAAGCAAUGUCUGUUUUCAGUCUGUAUUCCAGGAUGAUUAUGAAAUGUAAAUUUAUACACACCAAUGCAAUGUGCUGUUUUUUGGCCGUAUUUAAAAUUGCACUGAAAUUGUUAUCUGUUCAUUCUGGGUUCUGCCUGGAGUUAAUACUUCAAGCUUUUGGAAGGCACACUGAUAUUUAUAUUUAAUGUUAUGGAAGAAGGCAGGAUUAGAAGUAUUACUCCUCUUUUUUUCCCCUGUAGCGAGGAAUAACUUUUGCACAUGGAAUAAAGAAUUGGUCUCGAUCCCUGUUUGUUUGGCUGUAAAGAUACACAAACCGCAUUCCCUGAUAUUGUGGAACCUAAUUUAUACCGCAUAGGUGGACAGGGGUCGUUUUAUAUUAUUUUUGUAUCAGUCUGAAAUUGGGGAUAUUGCCAUGAUAUUUUAACAUCUGUGCCAUACGAACAGCACAAAUUUUUCACUUGUUUCAUACGAAUUCCCAAUAAAGCCUCGUUUGCGCUGUGC